AUGGCACCAGACCAUGCAACAGCCGGAAAACUGCACGUGGAUGAUUCAAAAACAGCGUAUGUCGGCGGUUCACACUGGAAAGCCGUGCUGGAGAGCAUCUCCGAGUUGAAGACGCUCAGCGAGGAAGAACCAGAUGACAGCGACAGGCCUUCUCCGGAGCAACAGACAGAGUACGGGCUAGAGGAUAGCAUUCUCAUCCCUGGAACCACAAGGGAACGUCCCAGGCUUUUAUACGGAUGGCACAAACCAGCUUCCGUGGCCGAUAUUUUGGCAGCCAUGCCGGAGAAGAGUGUCGUGGACCGGCUCGUAUCCAGCUAUUUCAGCAACCCGCCCAUACCGCACGUCCUUUUGCACCCAGGCAGCUUCUCCCGACAAUACGAGAGAUUCUGGGCCGAUCCGUUCAACACGCCCCUGACGUGGAUAGCCCUCCUCUACGGCAUCAUGUGUCUCGCCACGCAGGCCGAAACCUUUCAAAGCCUGGUCCUCGAAAGCAGCCUCACGCCGCAAACGCCCGUCCCGAGCAUGCCCCCCUCGCGGCCCCAGUACCUCGACCAGGUGGAACAGAGCCUCAUAGCAGGAAACUACAGCAACGGCGGGCCCUUUGCCCUCGAGGCCCUCCUGCACUACACCAUCGUCGAGCAGACGAGGUACCCGGACGCCGACGUCGGCACCUGGCUGCUGACGGGCGUCAUCGUCCGCCUCGGCCUCCGCAUGGGCUACCACCGCGACCCGUCGCACUUCCCCGGCAUCACGCCGUUCCAGGGCGAGAUGCGGCGGCGCAUCUGGGUCGUCAUGCACGCGCUCGACGUCAUGACCUCGCUGCUGCUGGGGCUGCCGCGCGUCAUCAAAGACGGCCAGUGGGACACGAUGCCGCCGAGAAACGUGCACGACUCGGAACUCGACGAGGGUGCUGCCCGUCUUCCGCCGUCGCGGCCGGAGUCUGAGGCCACGCCCGUCUUGCACCUGCUCGCGAAGCACAGGAUGCUGGUGGUGCUUGGGGCCAUUGCCGAUACGAGCAUGAGCGUGGCGGCGGACCGGUGCGACGCGUCCGCCCUAGAGACUGAGAGGAGAAUGAUUGCCCGGCUGAGAGAGGCGUACGACUCCGUUCCGGUGAAUGCGAAAUUCGACGCCGUUUGUACCAUCUUGUCCAGUAGACCUAGCGACAUGUUGAACCGGCUCAGCAUCACGAUGUUGUUGCAGAAGGGGCUCAUUGUUCUCAACUGGCGCCAUGUCAUGCCGACCGGAUCUGUCAUGAGUCCAGAUGAUCCUGUCGGAAGGAGCGGCGGGCGGCUCAAGGGCGACACCGAGGGGUAUCAGAUUUGCAUACAGGCCGCGCUGGAGAUCCUCACUGUGCAAGAGACUAUUGACCGCGAGACCCGGCCGGGCGGUCUUCUCUUCCCGCUCACCCUGCUGCUGUACUCGGUCGUCAAGCACGAGUUCCUCAUGGCGACUACCGUUCUCAUCACGCACAUGUACCGCGCGGCGGUGGGCCGGCCGGACAUCCAGCAAGACUCCAGGGAGAGGAUGCUCUCGCAGCAAGUGGAAGUGGCGCUGAGGAAGUCGCACGAGAUAUGGAUUCGCCAUAGCGCGCGGUCCAGAGAGGCACAGCGGGUAGCCAACUUGCUCUCUGUGUUGUUUCGGAAGCUGCAAGACGCGGAUAUUCAGGGGCUUUGCAAGACGAGGGCGUUGGACCAGACGCCAGGCGUGCAAUCUGACGAUCAGGGGCUCGCGCUCUUUGGAGAAUUCGGUCUCUUGCACCAUCUGGAAGACCUGAGUGUAUUUUUUGACCUGGCGGUGACGUGA